AUCUCAGCAGCAUCUCCCCUGGCUCUCUGUCUCCCCUCUGCUUCCCACGCCUCGCCACCUUCUCGACGCGCGUGUGUGCAACUGCGAGGCUCCGUCGACGACGAGCUCGUAGAACUAAGACGGCCCCGCAACCCACGCGCGUCGGCGCCGCCAUGGUGAUCUCGGUGGCCACUCCCCGGCGCUCCACCUCCAUACGCGACGCCGUGCUGGGCGGCGUGCUCGGCGGCGGCGGGCGCCAGCUGUACCAGCCCCUCCGCUGCGCCUUCUACGACGGCACAGCCGGGGGCGGUGGCGGUGGCUUACCCGGGGACGGCCUGUCCGCCGCGCUCUCCGAGGAGCCCGCCCGCGUCUCCGCUGCCGGCGGCGGCAAUAAGCAGAAGCAGGCGGCGAGGAACGUGCUGAUCCUGAUGAGCGACACCGGCGGCGGCCACCGCGCGUCGGCUGAGGCCCUCCGCGAUGCCUUCCGCAUCGAGUUCGGCGACACCUACAAGGUGUUCGUGACGGAUUUGGGGAAGGAGUACGGCGGGUGGCCGCUGAACGACAUGGAGCGGUCGUACAAGUUCAUGAUCCGACAUGUGAGGCUCUGGAAGGUGGCGUUCCACGGCACCUCCCCGCGAUGGGUGCACGGCAUGUACCUCGCCGCGCUUGCCUACUACUACGCCAACGAGGUGGUGGCUGGGAUCAUGAAGUACGAGCCGGACAUCAUCAUCAGCGUGCACCCGCUGAUGCAGCACAUCCCGCUGUGGGUGCUCAAGUGGCAGAGCCUACACCCCAAGGUGCCCUUCGUCACCGUCAUCACCGACCUCAACACCUGCCACCCGACAUGGUUCCACCACGGCGUGACAAGGUGCUAUUGCCCAUCCACCGAGGUGGCGAACAGGGCCCUGCUCCGGGGCCUCGGCCCGUCCCAGGUCCGCGUCUUCGGGCUUCCCAUCCGGCCCUCCUUCUGCCGCGCCGUGCUCGACAAGGAUGAGGUGAGGAAAGAGCUUGGACUGGAUCCUCAGCUGCCGGCUGUUCUACUGAUGGGAGGCGGCGAGGGGAUGGGUCCGGUGGAAGAGACCGCGAGGGCCCUCGGCGAGGAGCUCUACGACCACCGGAGACGGCGCCGGGUGGGGCAGGUCGUUGUCAUAUGCGGCAGGAACCAGGCGCUGCGAUCCACCCUGCAGUCCCUCAGAUGGAAGGUCCCUGUCAAGAUCAGAGGGUUCGAAACACAGAUGGAGAAGUGGAUGGCCGCCUGCGACUGCAUCAUCACAAAAGCUGGUCCUGGUACAAUUGCAGAGGCACUUAUAAGAGGACUUCCUAUUAUCCUGAACGACUUCAUCCCUGGACAGGAAGUUGGAAACGUGCCUUAUGUCGUGGACAACGGUGCCGGUGUGUUCUCGAAGGACCCAAGGGAGGCUGCAAGACAGGUUGUCCGCUGGUUCAGCACAGAUGAGGAUGAGCUCAAGAGAUACUCACGUAACGCGCUGAAGCUAGCACAACCCGAAGCCGUGUUCCACAUCGUAAAGGACAUCCACAAGCUCCAGCAACAGCCAGCUGCGGUUACCCGGAUCCCCUACUCGUUGACCUCAUCGUUUCCUUACCAUAUAUGAAUUCAAGGAUACUCUUACAGUUACAUAUUCUGCCAUAUACUGGGUAUUAUGCCUUGAAACUUAUGCCUAGCCUACUGAAGAAUCUGUAUAUACAUGCAUGAUAUUGGCAUUCCUUAGCCUAGCUUGGAGUAGCUCUCAGUUAUGUUCAUAUAUGUCAGCUCAAUAUAUAAGGAUUGAAGUUAUUGAGCUAGCUGCCCUGAACCUUGUAAUCUGCUGACUUAAGGGUUUGGUAUCGUAGGAUAGAAAUUCCUAGAGGGCGCAUGUGGCCUAUAGUGAUACAUAAUUGAUCUCUGUGUAAGUCCGAUAAAGAACUAUCAACUAGCUAUAUAGCUAACUUGAUCCUUUAUAUCGGUUCUUGUUAUGUACGCA